AUGCAAAAUGAAUUGAUAUGUCAAAAACAUCCACAUAAUUAAAUAACUCUGAUUUGUACAGAAGAUGAUGAGUUUCAUAGUUGUUAAAGGAGACUAUGUUCGGACUGUAUACAUUUACAUGGUGGAGAUGCUAGUAAAUUAAUUCCAAUUUAACAAUUUAAUGAUCAUAUUAAAUUGAAAUAAGAAAAACUUGAACAUUAUUUCUUGGUUAGUAAAAGGAACUUUUUUAAAUAAUAUGAUGAUAUUGAAAAGAAAUUAAAGGAUUAUUUGGAAAAUACUAGAAAUUCCGCAGAAGCAAUAUUUAAUGAAUUAAUACUAGAAAACCUUCAUUUUAAAGAGCUGAUUAGUUCUUGCAGAACAUCAGAUCUCAAUGAGAUUUUUUAAGGAAAAAAAUUUGAUACUUGGAAGUCUUUGAUAAAUUCUAUUGUUGAUAAAUUGAGCACAACUAAUUUAUUAAUAGGGGAUAAUCUACAAUAACUCAUUUCAAAGCAUAAUGAUGAAGUUUCCUAAAUUUUUUGGCAAGAAAAAGUUUAAAUAUACGAUGGUUUUCAAAUGAAAAAGAAUAAAAAAAUAAAAACAAAAUUUUUGGUAAAAUUUAAUAGAAAUCAUGAAAUAAUUUAUAUACAUGAUGGAGAAAUUCUAAAAAAGUAAUAUUUGUUAUCAUUUAGAUUAAAAUUUUAUAAUUUAACAUAUCAGCCAGAAAUAGUGAGUAAUUUAGAAAUAAUUUAGCAUUUCAAUUAUUUUUCUGGUGGUGUGAGAAACAACUACAAUAUUGGAAAGUAAUAUGUUUAUUGGAAAGGAUAAGUUUAAGAAGGUGUUUUUGGGGAGUAUUCGAUGGAAGGAAAAAAAGUAGGACUUUGGAAAAUACCAAUUUAGAAUUUUUGGGAGUAAUAAAAUAAAAUAAUAAAAAUUAGUGAAGCUUUAAUUUUUAUGGUAGGAGAAUAUGUAAAUGAUUAAAGAAAUGGAUAAUGGGAUUAUAUAUUCGAAGAAUAAGACAAUAAUAAUGUUUUAAAAAUAAAAUCCAGAAGAAAUGGAGGAUGGUACAAUCAAUAAGGAUUAAAAGACGGAAAUUGGUUAGAAUUAAGCGAAAUUUCAGAUAAGUAUUUAUUAUUUUGAAUUUUAAAUCAGCCAUGAUAUCAUUUUUUAUGAAGGAAAUUAUUAAAAUGGCAAAAAAUUUGGGGGUUGGAAAAUGAGUUAAGAUAAUGACUAUAAAGGAUCUUUUAAUAAUUAAGGAUAAAAAAUAGGAAAAUGGUAUGAGAUGAAUGAUUUCUCUUUUUUGUAUAAUCUAUAAAUAUCAUGCAUUUAGGGAUAUCAAAAUAAGUUGUUCUGGAAAUUAUGAAAAUGGAGUUAAAAUUGGUAAAUGGUAAAGCUUUUAUUGUAAUGAAAUCAUGUAAUAAAAACAAAUAAUAUAAGUGGGGAAGGAGAAUAUACAAAUGAUGGUUUGAAGUAAGGUGAAUGGAAAGAUUUCUGGGAAGGUUUUUCUCGGUAAUUAAAAUCAAUAUUCUUAAAAGAGAAUGUUAAGUAGUAAUGUAAGGCUAAUAUGAAAACAAUAAAAAAAUAAACGAAUGGACAAUUUUUUAUAAAAGGAAUCCUGACUAAAAAUUGGUUUUCUAAAACAACAAUCAUCAUAUUUAUAUAAUUUUUCUCUUUGAUUUAGAAAAUAAAAUAUGA